AUGGGAAGCUGGGUAAUGUGGUCGAAAAACUUGAUCAUAUUUGAUGAAAAGACAAAAACAAGUGCUAAAGCAAGUAGGAAGAAGAAAAAAAACCAGUUUAUGCAAGAUUCAGAAGAAGAGUUUGGCUUGUUGUCACUCGAAUCAAGCUUGCCAACUGCAUUGCAGAGGUUAUGUGUGUGGGGAAAAGAAGGGCUCAAAGAUGGAAAGGCUAUUUUCUUUUAUAAAGAAGAUCAUGUGUUUGGUAUUAAUGCCAAGAGCUAUCUACUUGACUUAGAUGUUACGAGGCUUGCAACCAUGACAAAAGUAACAGGAACCCUUAUAGUGCUGUAUAUGAGGUACUUGCAUGAUGUACUUAAAGAAUCCAAAAUGCUAGACAUGGUUGGUUUCAUUGACCCAGCAUUGAUUGGUGAGAAAGGGUGUGGGAGUGCAACAAUGAGGUCCCGAAGUAUAAAAGAUCGCCUGAUAAGUGCUUCUCCAAAUCAGAUUUUCUUGUUGCCUUACAAUGCAUUUGUUCAUUGGAUGUUGACUGUGAUCAAUCCGGACAAUGAGACUGUCUAUUUUAUGGAUCCAUUGAGAAGACGCCUUCCGGGCGAAGAAUGGAAAGAUAUUGUUGACACGUAA